AGUUUGAAGUUUAGAUAAGUACACUCUUGAAAAUGAGGAUUCGGAUUGGACGAGCUUUACUCUAUGGUUCAGGGUUGGGUUUAGCAGGAGUAGGAGCAUACUCUGUGCAUAACAGUGGAUACGAUUCAAACAAUUUAGGAGUGGUAAGAUUUGGACGCGCUGCUGCCUCCGUUGGUAGAAUAGGUUGGGACUAUCAGAGAACACUUUUCUCUGCAAAAUAUCCAACUGAUGAAGAAUAUGAAGCUGCAAAGCUGGAGUGCCAUCAACGAUCUGCAGAUAAACUUCUAGAUCUAUGCUGUGUAAAUGGGGGUGUUUUUAUAAAGGUUGGUCAACAUAUAGGAGCCUUAGACUACCUGCUUCCUGAUCAGUAUGUUCAAACUAUGAAAGUAUUACACCAUGAGGCUCCACAGAUGCCUCUAGAGGAUAUAUAUCAAGUAUUAGAGGCUGAACUCGGAAAGGAUCCCCGUGAGAUAUUUACUACAUUUGACGAGGAACCCCUAGGGUGUGCAUCUCUGGCUCAGGUCCACAGAGCAACAUUACAAAAUGGGAAGGAAGUGGCUGUCAAGGUUCAGCAUAAGUUCGUGAAGAGGCACUCAUUUGUCGACAUCUACACGAUGGAGUUCCUGGUCAAGGCUGUGGAGAAGGUGUUCCCCCAGUUUGAGUUUAUGUGGUUGGCGGAGGAGAUGAAGAAGAACCUGCCCCUAGAGCUGUCCUUUAUACAGGAGGCCAAAAACGCGGAGAAGGUUUCCAGGAUGCUCCGAGAGUUCUCUUGGUUGAAGGUUCCUGAGAUAGAAUGGGAUUACACUACUGAGAGAAUCCUAGUUAUGGAGUACUGUCCGGGCUGCCAUGUCAACGAUACUAACAAACUGAAGGCUGCUGGAAUAGAUAUGCUGGAUGUGAGUAAGAAGAUUGGAAAGAUGUACAGCAAGAUGAUAUUCGAGGAAGGAUAUGUACACUGUGACCCCCAUCCAGGGAAUGUGCUUGUACAAAAGAACGAAGCUGGUGUCACUCAGAUAGUUCUUCUUGAUCAUGGUCUAUAUACUCAACUUACAAGCCAAUUCAGAUACAACUAUGCUGAGUUCUGGCAGGCCAUUAUUAACCGUGACGUGGAACAGAUUAAAACUACUGCUGAUACUCUGGGAGUAGGAGAACUCUAUGGUCUCUUUGCUUGUAUGGUUACUGCUAGAUCCUGGAAUACUAUUCAGAAAGGAUUAGAAGUCUCAAAGAAGGACAAAUCUGAAACAGACGAAAUUAAACAAAACGCUUCAAGGUACAUGCAGGAGAUAGCCAACGUUCUUGCGUUCGUGAACCGGCAGAUGAUCCUGAUCUUGAAGACGAAUGACCUGCUGAGGAACCUGGAAACCUCCCUGGGGACCAGCAGCAGUAUGUCCUCAUUCAUCCAGAUGUCAAGGAGCUGUGUUUCUGUUCUCCAGGAGAAGGAGUUGAAGGAUGCUAGAUCUCGUUACGCCAGGUUCUGCAUCCGACUCAGGGCACAGUGGGGGCUCUUUAAGAUCUCCUUAUACCAGUUCUAUUUACAGAUAUUCUGGUCGAACUUGGGCACUGUUCUUAGGCUCAGAUAGUUCAACAAAUCAACUUCAUCAAUUCUCCGUGUGAAAACAAUCCUUUCGUUUUCCUCAAACUCUUAUUUUAAUUCAGUUUCCUCUCCCGAUCCAUUUAAAGUUGAAACCCUAGAAUGAUUUCCUUGAACUGCAAAAGACUGAUUAAUCCAUUUCACAUUUGAUAUGCUUUAAUGUAUCUCAGCCAACUGGGCAUCAAUGCAUGAUGGGACUAUGAUAUUUCACGUAGUCGGCCAAAUUAGGAUUUUUAGCUUUAGAAAAAUUUGUAUUAAUGAUAAUAUUUCUAAAUUUUAGUGAAUUGUUAGUUUUAAAUUCCGUCCUUUUCUCUAUAUAGUUGUUACAAAGUACGACUCAACUGUAUUUUAGCAUUUUUAAUGUUAUUUUUAUGUUAAUUUAGUUUAAGUGUUGUACACUGUACAGGGUACUAUAUAUAAUACCUUAAAAUAUUUGAUGCUCAAAAUGUUUAGGUUUAAAAAAAUUAACUCAGUGAACUAUACCAAGUGAUAUAUUUGCAU